CCCUUUUAGACACAAGCACUCAAUCUAUGAACCACACGCAAACUGUCCUACACUCAGUAACCUAUUCCAACUUGACUUCAAGCUCUCCAAAUGAGUCGCGCACCGUAGUUUUUAUAAACGUUUUCUGUGUUUCCCACAACUGUCCCACAGGUAAUGGGUUCAGCCAAUCUGACCGCAGGAAUUACUUUAACACUUAUGACUAAAAAGACAGCUCACUCCGCAAUUAGGAUGAUAUCAUCUGACGGCUGGCAACCAUUCUAAAGCGGGAUGACUACAACGCAAACUAGUAAAAGCCUUAAGGGGAAAAAAGGAAGAAAAGCCUUUACCUGGAACGCUUAGCGCUCUUGUACUCUGACCUCACCUUGCUAAUCUCUCAGGCAAAGAAGACUUUCAGCGGCAACACACCUGAAUCACUCGAUGCGAGAGGGAGUUUACACUGGAGAAUAUUAGCUAUAAAAAAAGGGAUCAAAUAUCCAAGGGCUGAAAAAACGUGCUUACUAGACAAAGCUGCUCAGUGAGAUCUUCUGCAGCCGUUGAACAAGCCCCAUCAUGUCGAGGAUCAUUUCGUCAGGGUGUGCAGGUAGACGCUGCCCAUUUUCCUGACAGAGACGUGUGUGCAUUUGUUGGAUUCAAAUAUCUUGUAUUUGCUCAGCAAGACAGUGUUUCCCGAACAAGAUUCUCAUGGCUGAAAUCCUAACACUCCUCCUUGGCCAAACUGACAUGUUUGGAAAGGAAUGCUGUUGUGUCCACGCUCUCCAAUCUCCCGCUGCUACUAAAGUGCCGAUAAAACCUUUACAGGCCAACAAAACCUGUUUGCUGUAGUGGCUUACAAACGUACAGAAUAGAAUUAUGAGCUUCAUCACUUCCUAAGGAAUCCUUGUCGAACAAAGAAGGAUAAAGGAUUUAAAGACUGAGGAUAUAUAAAAAAAGGAUAGAUAAAAACAUUUAGGUUUCUCUCACAGUAUCUGCCAAGAUGCCCCUCAGAACAUCGUUGCACAGAAAGCCAGCCUCCGGUCGUUGGCCCAACAGGAACACCAAGCGCCGGGAGGUGCUUUCUGUCAACAUGAUCAGCCUCCCACUGGCUGAUUUCCGCCACCUCUCACAUAUUGGCAACGAUUCCCACACAGACAGCUUUGGAGAUCUGGCCUUCUUAAAGAUGGGCCACAAUCUGCUUUUACAGAGCUCCCAGAGCGAGCAGAAUCUCUUCCUGGCCUGCUCUCCCCCGCCAAAGCCCCCUCGUGUGAACCUGGAGGAGGCCGAGGGCUCCGAGAGCCCCGACUGGCAUGUAGGCCGCCUGCACAUGUCCCAGAAAAAAAAGAUAUGCAACUCUAUGCCGCUGCUGGACAAUGAGGAUGGGGAAGCAGGGAUGGAAAAGGAGGAUGGGUACAAAAGAGGGAAUAAUAUUGCUCCCAACCUGGCUCACAGCGGUGGACGGGGCAGUCUGAAUUCAGACAGAGAUGAAGACUCCACAGAGACUUUUGACAAAACUGUUGGACCGCAGCAUAAGGAGGAGGACAGUGGCUUUUCUUUCAGCCUCGACCUGGGCCCUUCAAUCCUGGAUGAUGUCCUCCAGGUGAUGGACAAACUCCACAAAUAGACAGCAUAGGAGCCAGGCCGUCAGCAAGGCUUUACUAAGGUUUGGAAUAUGGAGAAAAUAUCCAAUUCGGCACCCUUCUAUUGGGAUAUGAUCCGGAUUUUAUGGACAAAACAAUACCCUAAAGCAGUUAUUGUUGAAAUAAAUCUGGAGAUUUCUGAUAAUACCUGGGAACCAAGUAAAGACCAAAUCCUUUCGGGAGAACUUGACUCACCCAUGCUUUAAUGGAUGUAAACUACUAUUUUAAACCAAAACUGAUUUACAGGAUGAAAAUGAUGAUUUCUUUUUGACUAUUUCAGGAAAACAUGUUUGCUUUUUGAAUACGAGCACCAUUGUGUCUGCACACAUUGGUCCACAACAUUUGUUAAACAUUAAUCCUUAAAAAAAAUGUAAAGGGUGAAACCUAGAAAUGACCCAUAGUUAAUGUUCUCCUAGAGUUACCCCUUGGAGAGGUGGAUACAAUGUUUUAGUUAAUAAUUGAACUCCGACGGAUGUCAAAUACCGAGCUGGCCAUUUUCAACUCUUCUUACUUUGCUCCUUUGCUUAUGUAAUCUCUCAAACCACAAAGCAGAGCACUGACGACGGCUGUUAAGACUUAAGAGUGUUGUGUUUAAGAAAAGAAAAGCUGCGGCUGGAAUCCAAGGUCCUCGAGCUGUGAUGUCUUGGCUCUUGGCGUGCUUGCCAAUCUAUUGUGUGCAGAGGGCAAUUUUUCCUCCGCACGCAUCCCAGAGGCCCCACUCAUAGGUAGACCAAGGUACCCCCCAUCUCUCAUUCCCAACAAUGCAGUGAAAACAAACACUUAGCUCUGCUUCCAAUAAAAGCCAGCCAGUGGUGGCAGGUUGGGCUGUAGACCAAGUUGGGCCACAGGUCCAAGACCUUAGAUAAAAAAAUAAAAAGUUGGAGUAGGCUGUUUUCUUAGCUGCAAAUCAGAGUCCGAUGCUCUGGUGAGUGGCGCACGAGAAGGAAAGUGGUAAAGGGUAACGUGAUACUUCCACAUAUGCAGGGGGUGUCAAGGGAGGAGGACCAGAGACAUCCAUUACUGCAGCAAAAGUCCUGAUGAGGGUUUAAACACUACCUUCUGACAAAACAGACCCCCGUCACGUGAAGAACGCACGCUUGAAUCUCACAUACGUUGGCACACAAGUAUAGAGAAACACACAUGUACUGUAAGCACGCAUGGUCAAACUGAGAUUUGUGCACACAAUCUAGGUCCACUUUGCUCAGGCCUGGAGAGCUGGGACAGAGCCUCAGUCUGUGCCUUAGUGGGGGGGUUGCCAGGAAAGCCUGUGGGGCAAACCCAGAACCCGUCGCAUUCCUGAGUUCCCAACGGGUCAUUCUGAAAAAAAUAUACCAACCACAAGUGUCCCGCUUCUAGCAAUAGAUUUAGAAUUCUAUGUAUGUCCAAACAGAAACAGCAACGUCUGUGGGUACGUCUGCACUGUAUAUCUGUUUUGCCAUCUCCCAUUUUAAAGUGGAUAUCACUGUUCAUUUUUCUUUUAUAUGAUUUGACAGUAACGCAUUGUGAACGUUUUUUUUUUUUCUGGAUUGAAUGUACUGUUUUGUAUUUUUGAGAAGUAAAGAAAGAUAUCUUUCGAA